UAGAGAGUUUAUGACUUGCGUUGUAAAGAUGGAACCUGAUAUUGAUAAGCAAGAUGAGAUCAUUCAACAAAUUGACAUGUAUAAGAAUGCACACGGUGAUUUUGGACAACCUAUAGCAAUACGCCAGCGUGAAAAAAGUAAUCCAGUUGCAUGGUGGGGUACUUUUGGAAAUGAGUUUCCAGCUCUUCAAACGUUUGCAAUUUGCAUAUUAAGUCAAUGUUGUAGUGCAACUGGCUGUGAAAGAAAUUGGAGUACAUUUGAAUUUAUUCAUUCAAAGAAGAGGAAUAGAUUAGAGCAUAAACGUUUGAAUGAUUUAGUAUUUGUUCGUUAUAACUUGAAGCUCCGUGAGAGAAACAUAAAGAGGGGAAGAGAUGCUUUGGAUCCAAUCAAUCUUGAGAAUAUUGACUUGAUGGAGGAAUUGGUAGGUGAAGAAUCAGAGCUUAUUGAUGGAGAAGACUUGGAUUGGGGAAGUAUUGAGGAGCCAUUAGCCUCACAAAAUUUGGAAGAGGGUGUUAAUGUUGGUCUUGAUAUUGAUGAUGAUGGUGGUGACAAUGACAUUGACGAAAAUAUUUUGAGUAGCUUUGCUAAUGUUGAUCCUUUUUGUCUUAUUGAUGAAAAUGAAUGAUUACAGUUGGAUUGAGAACUUAUGAUAUUUUAUUUAGUUUUAUAAAUGUGUGUUUAAGACUUGUAUUCACUAUGGAGAAAUAUUAU